AUGGCGUCUAAUAUCCUCCAGGUCCCGUUUCGGCGGUCGCACUCCGUCACGCUGUCGAAUGCCAUCACGCAAUACAUCUCCUCCAAAUAUGACCAACGCCCGGACAUGUUCGCCGAGGAUCUAUUGAUCAUCGAGCGACUGCGAAAUGAAGCGAUCAAUGUCCAGGAGCCUCAUGUCAGCGGGGUCAGUCGACUGGUCACCUAUGCGGCGCAGCUGAAAUGGCUGGGUGGGAAGUUUCCGGUGGAUGUUGGGGUGGAAUUUCCGUGGUAUCCUGCAUUUGGAUUCAAUACUUCUAGACCGAUUUCGCAGAAUAAUAUCCGCUUCGAGCUUGCGAACGUUAUCUUCAACCUGGCUGCGCUGUACUCGCAGCUGGCAUUUUCCGUGAACCGCACGACAUCGGAUGGUCUCAAGCAGGCGUGCAAUUACUUCUGCCAGGCGGCUGGGGUUCUGACUCACUUGCGGUCGGACAUCCUUCCCGAUCUGCGGACGUCGCCUCCCGAGGAUAUGGAUGAUAUGACACUGCAGAGCUUGGAGCAGCUGCUUUUGGCGCAGGCUCAAGAAUGUUUCUGGCAGAAGGCUGUCAAGGACGGGCUGAAGGACGCUUCAAUUGCUCGUUUGGCGGCCAAGGUCUCGGACUUUUAUGCAGAGGCGGGAGAUCAUGCGGUCAAGUCGAAUGCUAUCAGUCCUGAGUGGAUUCACCAUAUGACGGCUAAGCAUCAUCAUUUUGCUGCUGCUGCGCAGUACCGGCAGUCUUUGGAUUGCUUGGAGAAGCGCAAGUACGGUGAGGAGGUUGCUCGUCUGAGGGAUAGCGAGGCAUGCGUCAAUGAAGCGUUGAAGGAAUCGCGCUGGAUUAACCGGACUGUGCUGGGAGAUCUCCAGGGAUUGAAGACCAGAGUGACCGAGGAUUUGAAGCGUGCUGAGAAAGAUAAUGAUAUUAUCUACCUCAAUCCGGUGCCGCCCAAGUCGGAGCUCAAGCUGAUUGACCGGGCAUCCAUGGUUGCCGCGAAGGCGCCGUCCCAGGUGACUGAUGCUAUCUCUAUGUUGGGCGAGAACGGGCCUUUGGGGCAACCGCUGUUCUCUAAACUGGUGCCGUAUGCUGUGCACAUUGCUGCCAGCAUCUACUCGGAUCGUCGUGAUCGGUUAAUCAAUGAGAACAUUAUUGGGGAGUUGGAAAAUAUGACGGAUAAGCUCAGGGAUCUGUUGUCUUCUUUGAAUCUUCCAGGCUCGCUGCAGGCUUUGGAGAAGCCGCUUGGUCUUCCCCCGACACUGGUAUCGCAUGCAGAAGAGAUGCGCCAACAGGACGGACUGAACCGGCUGCGCAAGUCGCUUGAGGACACGGCAACGGUCAAGGCCAACGACAGGGCUGUUUACAACGAGGGCGUGGAGCUUCUGGCGGCUGAAAAAGCGGAAGAUGAUGCGUCGCGCCGGAAAUUCGGCACCGAUCGCUGGUCUCGAGCUUCGUCAGAGGAGGCUGCGCCAAAGUUGUACACGACGUCGCGCGAAAUCGAGGGAUACUUUACGUCGGCCCAGAGCAGUGAUAACCUGGUUGAGCAGAAGCUGAAAGACUCCGCGGCAGUGUUCCGGGUAUUGACUGGUACGAACCGUGAUCUGGAGAUGUACGUCCCUAGCAGCCGGUGGGCUGCUCUGCCGCCGGAGGUCGAGCGCGAGGUGAGCCGACUGCGGGGAUGUAUGAGCGAAGUGAGCCGUCUGGAGAGCCGGCGAAAGCGGCAAGCGCAGGCAUUGAAGGACAAGGCGCGGGCGGACGACAUCAGCCAAGCACUGAUUAAGGAGACGGCACGGCUGGAGCGCGAGUUUCCUAUGCAGGCGAUCCAGGCCAGCCAAUUCGAGGAUCUCUUCGAGGAGCAGCUGCAUCUGUAUGACACAGACCUAGACAUGGUCACACGGGAACAGCAAGACCAAGACGAGAUCGCAGCACGGGUGCAGGAAGCCAACUGGGCGUUUACACGGGCACAUACCGGCGAUGCAUCGACCAAGGAGCGUGAGCGGGCGUUGCAGGAGUUGGAGAACGGGUAUCUGAAGUACAAGGAGAUUUUGUCGAACAUUGAAGUGGGACGGAAGUUCUACAACGAUCUGGCGAAGAUUGUGGGACGCUUCCGCGACGACAGCAAGGCGUUUGUGCAUAAGCGACGGAUGGAAGCCAGCCAGCUCGAGGGUGACAUUUCGAGUGCUGCCGCCAUGGCGUCGCUGAAUAUCUCGCGCCAGCCACAACUGCAGCCGCAACCGCAGCCUCAGCCGCAGCCAUCUUAUAACGCUCCGGCGCAGAUUCAGCAGCCUUCAUAUAAUGCUCCGGCACAGGUUCAGCAGCCAUCCUAUAAUGCUCCUCCGGCGCAGGUUCAGCAACCAUCGUACACUGCUCCUCAAGCAGCACCCAGACCCGAGCCCAUGACAGCACCACAGCCUACGCGGGCGAAUGCGCGGCCACCGAUGACGCCGGGGAUCUGGUCACCGGAGAUGGGGAUACGAUUUGGGGGACAGUGGGAUCCGAGCAAGGGAGUGAAAUUUUCAUAA